CAUUACGGCCCAUUUGAGUCAAAAUCAGAAUCUUCUUCCCCAGCGGGUCAAUUUUCAGACUUGAGCCAUCGGAUUUCCUCCGUUGCUGGUUUUCCAUCAACAGGCCAAGAUGAUGCACAUGACCUUCUACUGGAGCAAAAAGGUUACCCUUCUCAUCGAUUCCUGGAAGACCGAUUCAUGGACGAGUUACGCGUUGAGUCUGCUGGCGUGUCUCCUGGUCUCUGCUUUCUACCAGUAUCUGGAGAAUCGUCGCCUUCGCCUCAAGGCCAUUACAUUCGAUGUGCCGUCCGCUACGACGCCCCAGAAUCAGAUCCCUCUUCUCCGACCAAAUCUUGCCGGAGACAAGGCCAAAUUAGGGGUGAAGCUCGCCGGAGCGUUGCUGUUUGGAUUUAAUUCGGCGAUCGGGUAUUUGCUGAUGCUGGCUGUCAUGUCCUUUAACGGAGGGGUCCUUGUGGCGAUCGUGGUCGGUCUUGCCAUCGGCUAUUUCUUUUUCAGGUCUGAGGAUGAAGAAGGAAUUUCGCUAGUUGUUGGCAGUGCCUGUCCCUGUGCUUAGAGACUUGGGAAACAUCGAUGUUGCUCGAAUUCCCUCUUCUACUCUUGUACGCUUACGAGUACAUGUCAGCUGCGUUACACCCUUUUUUAUUUUUAUUUUUAUUUUGCCCUUCUCUUUUCUGGGAAUUUGAGAUCGGGGUUGUGGGGUGUUGCGUCUUUGGGUGUCCAUGAAUGUGCAAUUCUGAUCGCAGACUUGAAACUUUAAAUUUGAAAAUCGAAAUCAUUUUGGUGUA